UGUGUUUGGAACCCAUGUGCAGGCGUACCAGAGAAAGCUAAACAAAUGCUACAAAUUGCAUAAGACUAUAUAAUAUGCAAUAAUGAUGACUGCAUAUUAUUAAUUAUUAUUAUAAUAAUGAACCGCAACUUUAUAAUAUAUAACAGCUGAUAAGUAUGCGUAUUUCUACUAGCAGUACUGUAGGCUAGUAACAGUGGUUGUGGUUGUCAGGGAUGGACGGGGUCCGGUGGGCGUUCCGCUGCGGUUCGUGGGUCCCGACCCGUCCCGAGUGGACCCUGGCGGCCCGGUGCGUUCAGCAGGAGGAGAAAGAACGGAUCGCGCAGUUCGUGUUCGCCAAAGAUGCCAAAUCCGCCAUGGCUGGUCGUCUGCUGAUCAGAAAGCUGGUGUGUGAGAAGAUGGGUUUUGCAUGGGACGGGUUUCGGCUGGAAAGAACAGCGCGGGGGAAACCGUUCUUGCCACAGACCUCAUCCACCCACGGCGUCACCCACUGGAACUUCAACGUGUCCCAUCAGGGAGAUUACGCCGUGCUGGCAGCAGAACCGGGACGCCAGGUGGGCGUAGACGUGAUGAAGACCAGCAGACCAGGCAGCAGCUCCGUACAGGAGUUUUUCCGGAUCAUGAAUCGUCAGUUCACGGAUCUGGAGUGGAUGAACAUCCGGAAGGCCGGAUCGGACUGGGACCAACUGGACAUGUUUUAUAGGCACUGGGUAACUAUAGCAACCACUGCUUCCU